UCACGUGCCAUAGGUAAAACGCUUUCCCACUUUAGGGCCAGCUUUUCCAGUUCCCAGUCUACACUAACAAGUUGUUAUACACUGCACUCUUCUUCUAACUCUCGAUGAAGAAGAAAAACACACAAAGCCACUGAAGUCUUACUCUUGUCAGGCUGAAAACGGUGAACACAAUCAAAUAACUUCCUCUCUCUCAGUCUCUCGCUCUCGAAACGAUGGAGAAGAAGCAGGGUUUCUUCUCGGCUCUCAAGGAAGAAGUGGUGCGAGGACUUUCCCCAUCCAGGUCCCGCUCAAAGAGUCCUGCGCGUUCCGCCUCUCCUAUUUCAGGCCUGUUCCGGAGGAAGAAGAACCCAGAAUCAGUGAUUGGGAGAUCCGGAAGCCUGAGGCCGGUGGUCGGAGAGACGUUGACGCCGCUAAUGGAGGGGCCGGAUCCAGACGUUGGCGGGGAGUCGAGGCGGCUCGGUUCGGGAAUCGGGCAGUGGAUGAAAGGACAGCUCUCGAGAACUCCUUCAGCUACGAACUCUUCAUUGGGCUAUAAUAGUAAUAGUAAAAGCUCUGAUCUCAGGUUGCUGCUUGGGGUAAUGGGCGCACCUCUUGCUCCGGUUCACGUUAGCAGCUUGGACCCGUUGCCUCACCUCAGCAUCAAAGACAGACCCAUUGAAGCUUCAUCUGCUCAGUACAUAUUGCAGCAGUACAUGGCUGCUUCUGGAGGGCAGAAGCUGCAAAACUCCAUAAAAAAUGCAUAUGCAAUGGGAAAGGUCAGGAUGAUAGCUUCGGAGUUCGAAACUGCAACAAAGGUGGUGAAGAACCGGAAUGGCUCUAAGAGUGCAGAGUCUGGCAGCUUUGUACUCUGGCAGAUGAACCCAGACAUGUGGUAUGUUGAGCUUGCAGUAGGAGGGAGUAAGGUUCGUGCUGGCUGCAAUGGCAAGCUUGUUUGGAGGCACACCCCUUGGCUUGGUGCCCACACUGCAAAAGGACCUGUUAGACCUUUACGACGUGCCUUGCAGGGACUUGAUCCAAGAACCACAGCCAGUAUGUUUGUGGAUGCAAGGUGCAUAGGAGAGAAAAAGAUUAAUGGUGAAGACUGCUUCAUCCUUAAGCUAUGUGCUGAUCCUCAUACGCUGAAAGCUAGAAGUGAGGGACCAGCUGAAAUCAUAAGGCAUGUCCUGUUUGGCUACUUCAGCCAAAAGACUGGACUUCUUGUCCUUAUGGAAGAUUCACAUCUGACCCGCAUCCAAUCGAAUGGCGGUGACGCUGUUUACUGGGAAACUACAAUAAAUUCCUUCCUAGAUGAUUACAGACCUGUUGAAGGGAUUAUGAUUGCCCAUUCUGGGCGUUCUGUGGUGAAUCUUUUUAGAUUUGGUGAAGUUGCAAUGAGCCAUACAAAGACAAAGAUGGAAGAAGCUUGGACAAUUGAAGAGGUUGCGUUCAAUGUUCCUGGCCUUUCAGUGGACUGUUUUAUACCCCCAGCUGACUUAAAAUCUGGUUCUAUAAGCGAAACUUGUGAGCUUGCUCAGGAUGAAAGGGUCAAAAGUGCAAUAGUGUUAGCAGCAGCAUAUAGGGCAAAAGUAGCUGCACUGGAGAAAUCACGAGACAGCUUCACUGAAAACAUGCUCUGACUGGUGGAGGUCUAACAAAUGGGAGGGGUGAUUCAGCGCAAUUGUUUAUACUGGUAGCUAAGUUUUAGUCUGCUCACCGGUUAGGGUUUAUUUUCAAGGAGUUGAUGGUCAGUUUUUUGGGACUUUUUCAUGCCUCUAUUAUUCUGUAAAUAGAGCAGAAGCAUUCACAGGUUUGAAGUGGCCUGGAUGAAUCUUUAGACUCUCAUUGCAGAAUCCAACGGUGGGGUUGGAGCUUGAUUUUCCAGUUAGGGAUAGAGCUAACAGAGGUUGCUUUUUUCCUUUACCCUUCCAUGCCUGAAAGAAGUUGGUAAAUCCGUGCAUAGCAGAACCGUUAACCUUUCAUAAAUCUACUAAUUCUCUCAUUCAAAUCAAGAUGAUGGUGGCAGUGGAAAGAGAGUUGCUGUCAGCCAACUUGAGUUUGACACUAAUGUCUACUUUUUUUUGUUCUUUUCUAACUUUACUGUUAGUAUGUUUUUCUUGUUGCUCUGGUUUGCUUAUUGAUUUAUGUAAAAGUUGCUGGGGUUUGGGGAUGGAGAAGUGAUUUUACUGUCUCUCUCUUUGAAGUGGCAGAAAAUAGAAGUAAUUCUUAGCUGUUUCAACUGGAGGUAUCCAUGUUUUUGCUUUUCCUGAGAAAAGUUGUAUGGAAAAGUUCAAAUCAGAUAUUGAAUGCAAAUGGAUGUAGACAUCAGCAUCUUUCUUUCAUCUA